CGAGCUACCUUGAAGGCACCGGGAAGCGCUUCAUUCCGAGAGGGCGUUCCCGCGGCCCGGCCCCCGUGCCGGGGUGGAUGGGGGGUGCGGCCGCGCCCAGGUCCCGGCCCGCCUCGGGAUUCGGGGUCUCUCUCGCCCUCGGGGACCCGGGAGCCCGGCGGGAGCGGGGUCCCGGCGCCGCCGCCUCCGCGGGCGCCCGGGCGGACCGGCGAGCGCUGGGAUUUAUGCUCGCAGGGCGGCGGGGGGAGGAGCCGGCAGGUCGGCCCCCGGCGGGCCCUCCCCUCGGCCGUCCCCGCCCGCCCGCCCGAGCGGGGUCGGGGGAGGGGGCAGCAUGGCCUGUCCGUCCGGCCCCCUUCGCCGCGCUCCUCAUCUGCCCCGCGCCGAGCGCUGCCGCCGCCGCCGCCGCCGCCGCUCCGCUGCCCGCGCCGCCCGCGGCUCCCGAUGGAGACUGACGCGCCCCAGCCCGGCCUCGCCUCCCCGGACUCGCCGCACGACCCCUGCAAGAUGUUCAUCGGGGGACUCAGUUGGCAGACUACGCAGGAAGGGCUGCGCGAAUACUUCGGCCAGUUCGGGGAGGUGAAGGAGUGUCUGGUGAUGCGGGACCCCCUGACCAAAAGAUCCAGGGGUUUCGGCUUCGUCACUUUCAUGGACCAGGCGGGGGUGGAUAAAGUACUGGCGCAAUCGCGGCACGAGCUCGACUCCAAAACAAUUGAUCCCAAGGUGGCCUUUCCUCGGCGAGCACAGCCUAAGAUGGUGACUCGAACGAAGAAGAUCUUUGUUGGGGGGCUGUCAGUAAACACCACGGUGGAAGACGUGAAGCAGUAUUUUGAGCAGUUCGGGAAGGUGGACGAUGCCAUGCUGAUGUUUGACAAAACCACCAACCGGCACCGAGGGUUUGGCUUUGUCACGUUUGAGAGCGAGGACAUCGUGGAGAAAGUGUGUGAAAUCCACUUCCACGAAAUCAACAACAAAAUGGUGGAAUGUAAGAAAGCUCAGCCAAAAGAGGUGAUGUCACCGACUGGCUCGGCCCGGGGGAGGUCUCGAGUCAUGCCCUAUGGAAUGGACGCCUUCAUGCUGGGCAUCGGCAUGCUGGGUUACCCUGGUUUCCAAGCCACGACCUAUGCCAGCCGGAGUUAUACAGGCCUCGCCCCUGGCUACACCUACCAGUUCCCCGAAUUCCGUGUAGAGCGGACCCCUCUCCCGAGCGCCCCAGUCCUCCCCGAGCUUACAGCCAUUCCUCUCACUGCUUACGGACCCAUGGCAGCGGCAGCGGCAGCAGCAGCUGUGGUUCGAGGGACAGGCUCUCACCCCUGGACGAUGGCUCCCCCUCCAGGUUCAACUCCCAGCCGCACAGGGGGCUUCCUGGGGACCACCAGCCCGGGCCCCAUGGCCGAGCUCUAUGGGGCAGCCAACCAGGACUCGGGGGUCAGCAGUUACAUCAGCGCUGCCAGCCCCGCCCCCAGCACUGGCUUCGGCCACAGUCUUGGGGGCCCCUUGAUUGCCACAGCUUUCACCAAUGGGUACCACUGAAGCAGGAGGCAGGUGGCAGGAGCGCCCCGGCCUGCAGCUGACUGAGGACCACGAGUGAGCCAGCAAGGGGGCGGGGACACCUCAGCCGCAGCCGCCUUCCCCUCCCCCGCAGCGACUCGGACGCGACCGUCUGCCCCACCCCCCCACCCCCC